AUGAACGUAAAGAUACGUAAUUCACUGCGACCUUUCGAUGCCCAUUUGGAUAUUUGCCAUGCGCUCCCCCCCUCGCCCCGCGAGUCGCCCGACACGCGUCAAGCCGCUCCGAUGACGCCCGCCGAGAGUACUCAAUCUCGACAGCAGCACAGCGCACCAGGUGCUGCGCCUUCGCAAUCUCGAGAGCGUGAUCGCGCCCAGCAGUACAAGGCAUUCCUGGCGCCGCGAUCAUUUUACCACGAGCCAUCGCUACCGCCGAUAUCCCCCCUCGAGAGCCCCCCAGUUCGUGCCCGGCUCACGUUUGAGGAUGAAACCAAGAUUGAAGACGCGAGAGACUCUACUUACCGCCAACCUUGCAGCAGAUUAGCUGAUUAUGUUGCUCAAACUCAUUCCACGUCGACUUCGCGUUUGGACUUCCCAUCUCCUCCAACCGCUGGAGGAAUCGCUGGAAAAUCAGCUCUAGGGAAACGAUCGGCUUCUGGCACCGAAGCCAACACCCGCAAAAGGGGUGGUCGCUCAGCUGAAAACGACCUGGAAGAGCUCGGCUUCUCGACACCGCUAAUGUGCAACGACGUCGAUCGCCAAGAAUUGCUGGCUUGGCUUCAAGUAAUCCGUGUGUGA